UUCAACUUUACAAUAUAACAAAUUUCAUGAACUUCAACAAUUACAGUAUCGAAUUCAAUCAUAUUGUCAUAAAAGCAGCAUACACUUCCAAAUCAAUGAGUAAUCGACUGUUUUUUUUAACUUUAUUAAGUCUUUUCGCAGACCAAUCAGGGUGUAAUGUAACAUUCGGCUACUGUCCUCGUGUCGUCCCGACUCUUGUAGACGAAGAGACACUCGGUGGAAGGUGGUUUGAGAUCGAAGUAGCUAAUAUGGUAAAAGGAGGCAGAAAAAUGACUUGCUCUUUUGUCGAUUUUGACAUCAGCAACAUUGGAUUUGGAAUGCGACUGCGAAUGAACAGAUCUCAAAUCUUCCCAUCAUCUGCAGUUCGGAGUACAGUCAUCAACGGUCUCCAGAUUCCCUCUCUUUCCCAGUCCCCCCACGGGGCAUUUGUAGUGGAGUAUCCGGGUGACAAAGUUCCAUAUGAAGACAGUCCAAACUUCCACGUUCUUCACCUGGACGAGGAAUCUUGCCUGUUGUACUACUGCAACUACAACUACUUCCUGACCUCCAACUUUGCCUGGAUACUAGCCAGAAAUAGGACCCUGGAUCACGACAAGGUAACACUACUGAAACGAAAACUGGAGUUCAACCAGGCGCAAGUGGGACACUUCAGUCGCGUAAGACAAAAAGACUGCGAGGAGAAAUUUAGUGAAAAAGAUAUCUAAUUUUAUCCGUGAAAACAGAUUGGCAGAUUUAAUUUCUAGAAAAAAUGAAAUAUUUUAUAUUUAUAUAUUGGGUAAAGUCGUUAUAUAUGAGAACUCUUGGUGAUAUAGCUGUUCAAAAUUUAAAAAACUUAACUUUAGAGUUGUCCAAAGUGAA